ACGCGGUUGUUGAGUGCCCGCAUCAUUGUGAACUUUUUCCCUAGGCUGUGUGACCGAGAUUCCCCGCGAGAGAGACCGAGGAGAGGACAGGAAGGAGGGGCGGGCUCCUGGCAAGGCAUUCGCUCCUGAACUGAGUCCUGCGAAAGAUGGAGAAGGAGGAGGAGACAACGCGGGAGCUGCUGCUGCCCAACUGGCAGGGCAGCGGCUCCCACGGGCUGACCAUUGCCCAGAGGGACGACGGCGUCUUUGUGCAGGAGGUCGUGCAGAAUUCCCCUGCGGCCCGCACUGGGGUGGUCAAGGAGGGGGACCAGAUUGUGGGUGCCACCAUCUACUUUGACAACCUGCAGUCGGGUGAGGUGACACAGCUGCUGAGUACCAUGGGGCACCACACUGUGGGUCUGAAGCUGCACCGUAAGGGGGACCGCUCCCCCGAGCCCGGCCAGACCUGGACUCAAGAAGUCUUCAGUUCCCGCAGCUCUGAAGUGGUUCUGAGCGGGGGUGAUGAGGAAUACCAGCGCAUCUAUGCCACGAAGAUCAAGCCUCGCCUGAAGUCGGAGGAUGGAGUGGAAGGGGACCUUGGGGAGACCCAGAGCCGUACCAUCACAGUGACUAGAAGGGUCACGGCCUACACUGUGGAUGUGACAGGCCGGGAAGGAGCCAGGGACAUCGACAUCAGCAGUCCUGAGUUCAAGAUCAAGAUUCCACGGCAUGAGCUGACUGAAAUCUCCACUGUGGAUGUGGAGACUCAGUCUGGGAAGACAGUGAUCAGACUGCCCUCGGGCUCGGGGGCAGUGUCUCCAACCACAGGCUCUGCUGUGGACAUUCGAGCAGGCUCCAUUUCCACUUCGGGACCAGAGUUCCACGGUGCUGGCCACUCGAAGCUCCAGGUCACCGUGCCUGGGAUAAAGGAUGUGGAUCUGAGCCUUGGGUCCUCCAAACUGAGAGGAGAUGUUAAGGUUCCUGCUCUGGGGGUGCAAGGUGAUGUUAAAGGCCCUCAAGUGACAGUUAAAGGCUCCAAAAUGGACAUAGAAACACCCAGCCUAGAAGGGACACUGGCAGGACCCAAGCUGAGUGGUCCUUCUGGGAAAACAGGAACGUGCAGUAUCUCUAUGGCAGAUGUAGACUUAAAUGCAGCUGCACCUAAAGUGAAAGGAGGUGUAGAUAUCACACUCCCAAAAGUAGAAGGGAAAGUCAAAGUCCCUGAAGUUGAUGUCAAAGGCCCCAAAGUGGAUGUCAGCGCCCCAGAUGUGGAAGUUCAUGGCCCAGAAUGGAACCUGAAAAUGCCCAAGAUGAAAAUGCCCAAGUUCAGCAUGCCUGGAGUCAAAGGGGAAGGCCCAGAUAUAGAUGUAAGUCUACCCAAAGGAGAUGUCAGUAUUACAGGGCCCACGGUCAACAUGGAAGCCCCAGAUGUCAACAUAGGGAGCCUGGGGGGCAAACUUAAAGGCCCUGAUGUUAAGUUGCCUGAAGUGAGUGUCAAGACACCAAAGAUCUCCAUGCCUGAUGUAGAUCUGCAUGUUAAAGGCCCCAAGGUAAAAGGAGAGUACGAUGUAACGGUACCAAAACUUGAAGGGGAACUGAAAGGCCCCCAGAUGGACAUUAAAGCCCCAGAUGUGGAUGUUCAUGGCCCAGACUGGCAUCUGAAGAUGCCCAAGAUGAAAAUGCCCAAAUUCAGUGUGCCAGGGUUCAAGGCAGAGGGCCCAGAUGUGGAUGUGAACUUGCCCAGGCCUGAUGUGGACAUUUCUGGGCCCAAGGUAGAUGUUAAUGCUCCAGAUGUGAGAAUUGAGGGACCAGAAGGAAAAUUGAAAGGACCCAAAUUUAAAAUGCCUGAGAUGAAUAUCAAAGCCCCGAAGAUCUCCAUGCCAGAUGUGGACUUGCAUUUGAAAGGCCCUAGUGUGAAAGGAGAAUACGAUGUCACAGUGCCAAGGGUUGGUGAGAUUAAAGUUCCUGAUGUUGAACUUAAAAGUGCCAGAGUGGAUAUUGAUGCUCCAGAUGUGGAUGUUCAUGGCCCAGACUGGCAUUUGAAGAUGCCCCAAAUGAAAAUGCCCAAGUUCAGCAUGCCUGGCUUCAAAGCAGAGGGCCCAGAAGUGGAUGUGAACCUGCCCAAAGCUGACAUUGACAUCUCAGGACCCAAGGUGGAUGUUGAAGUUCCAGAUGUGAAUAUUGAAGGACCUGAAGGAAAGCUGAAGGGUCCCAAGUUUAAGAUGCCUGAGAUGAAUAUCAAGGCCCCCAAAAUCUCCAUGCCUGAUGUAGACUUGCAUAUGAAAGGUCCCAAGGUAAAGGGAGAAUAUGAUGUCACAGUGCCAAAGCUGGAAGGUGACCUGAAAGGGCCCAAAGUAGAUGUCAGUGCCCCAGAUGUUGAAGUUCAUGGUCCUGAUUGGAACCUAAAGAUGCCCAAGAUGAAAAUGCCCAAAUUUACCAUGCCCAGCCUCAAAGGAGAGAGCCCAGAAUUGGAUGUGAACCUGCCCAAAGUUGAUGUGGAUGUUUCUGCACCCAAGGUAGAUGUUAGUGCUCCAGAUCUGAGCCUUGAAGGACCUGAAGGGAAGUUGAAAGGCCCCAAGUUUAAGAUGCCUGAGAUGCACUUCAAAGCUCCUAAGAUGACGCUGCCAGAUGUUGACCUCAAUCUUAAAGGACCCAAAAUGAAAGGAAAUCUAGAGAUGUCUGCGCCAAAAAUAGAAGGCGAGAUGAAAGUUCCAGACGUGGACCUCAAAGGCCCCAAUGUAGACAUUAAAGCACCGGAUGUGGAAGUACAAGGUGGAGACUGGAGCCUGAAAAUGCCCAAGAUGAAAAUGCCUAAAUUCAGCAUGCCUAGCUUCAAAGCAGAGGGCCCAGAUGUGGAUGUAAACCUACCCAAGGCUGACAUUGACAUCUCUGGACCCAAGGUUGACAUUGAAGCUCCAGAUGUGAGCCUUGAGGGACCAGAAGGGAAGUUGAAGGGCCCCAAGUUUAAAAUGCCUGAGAUGCACUUCAAGGCACCCAAGAUUUCCAUGCCUGAUGUGGACUUAAACUUGAAAGGACCCAAAGUCAAAGGGGAUGUUGAUGUGUCAGUGCCUAAGAUAGAAGGUGAAAUGAAAGUGCCAGAUGUUGACCUCAAAGGACCCAAAGUGGACAUUGAUGUUCCAGAUGUGGAUGUUCAUGGCCCAGACUGGCACUUGAAAAUGCCCAAGAUGAAAAUGCCCAAGUUCAGCAUGCCUGGCUUCAAAGGAGAGGGCCCAGAAAUGGAUGUUAACUUGCCAAAGGCUGACUUUGAAGUCUCAGGACCCAAGGUGGAUGUUGAAGUUCCAGAUGUGAAUAUUGAAGGUCCAGAUGCAAAACUAAAAGGUCCUAAAUUUAAGAUGCCAGAAAUGAAUAUAAAACCUCAGAAGAUACCAAUGCCAGAUGUUGGUUUGCAUUUGAAAGCCCCUAAAAUGAAAGGAGAUUAUGAUGUGACAGUACCAAAAGUAGAAGGAGAGAUACAAGCUCCUGAUGUCAACAUUAAAGGUCCCAAAGUGGACAUUAAUGCACCAGAUGUGGGAGCUCAUGGCCCAGACUGGCACCUGAAGAUGCCCAAGGUGAAAAUGCCCAAGUUCAGCAUGCCUGGCUUCAAAGGAGAGGGCCCAGAGGUGGAUGUGAACCUGCCCAAAGCUGACAUUAAUGUCUCUGGACCCAAGUUGGACAUUAAUGCUCCAGAUGUGACUCUUGAAGGUCCAGAGGGGAAACUAAAGGGUCCCAAGUUCAAGAUGCCAAGCAUGAAUAUACAGACACACAAAAUUUCUAUGCCUGAUGUUGGACUUAAUCUGAAAGCCCCUAAACUGAAAACUGAUGUAGAUGUUUCCCUUCCUAAAGUGGAAGGAGACUUGAAAGGUCCUGAAAUAGAUGUGAAAGCCCCUAAGGUGGAUGUGGAUGUUGGUGAUAUUGAUCUCGAAUGUCCUGAUGCAAAGUUGAAAGGCCCCAAGUUUAAGAUGCCUGAGAUGCACUUCAAGACCCCCAAGAUCUCCAUGCCUGAUGUGGACUUACACUUGAAAGGCCCCAAAAUCAAAGGGGAUGUGGAUGUCUCUGUGCCCAAGAUAGAAGGUGAAAUAAAAGUGCCAGAUGUUGACCUCAAAGGACCCAAAGUGGACAUUGAUGCCCCAGAUGUGAAUGUUCAUGGCCCAGACUGGCACCUGAAGAUGCCCAAAGUGAAAAUGCCCAAGUUCAGCAUGCCUGGCUUCAAAGGAGAGGGCCCAGAAAUGGACGUUAACUUGCCAAAGGCUGACAUUAAUGUUUCUGGCCCCAAAGUGGACAUUGAUGCUCCUGAUUUGGAUAUUGAGGGGCCAGAAGGAAAAUUAAAAGGCUCUAAGUUUAAGAUGCCUAAAUUGAAUAUCAAACCUUCCAAGAUAUCCAUGCCAGAUGUGGACCUGAAUUUGAAGGGACCCAAGCUGAAAGGAGAGAUAGAUGCUUCUGUACCAGAACUGGAAGGUGAUCUCAGAGGUCCACAAGUUGAUAUCAAAGGCCCCAGCAUGGAUGUGGAGGUGCCUGACGUUGAUCUGGAAUGUCCUGAUGCAAAGUUGAAAGGCCCCAAGUUUAAGAUGCCUGAGAUGCACUUCAAGGCUCCCAAGAUCUCCAUGCCUGAUGUGGACUUACAUUUGAAAGGCCCCAAAGUCAAAGGGGAUGUCGAUGUGUCUGUGCCAAAAUUGGAAGGAGAUUUGAAAGGCCCCAGCGUGAAUGUGGAAGUGCCUGAUGUUGAUCUCGAAUGUCCUGAUGCAAAGUUGAAAGGCCCUAAGUUUAAGAUGCCUGAGAUGCACUUCAAGACCCCUAAGAUCUCCAUGCCUGAUGUGGACUUAAACUUGAAAGGACCCAAAGUCAAAGGGGAUGUUGAUAUGUCUGUGCCUAAGAUUGAAGGUGAAAUGAAAGUGCCAGAUGUUGACCUCAAAGGACCCAAAGUGGACAUUGAUGUUCCAGAUGUGGAUGUUCAUGGCCCAGACUGGCACUUGAAAAUGCCCAAGAUGAAAAUGCCCAAGUUCAGCAUGCCCGGCUUCAGAGCUGAGGGCCCAGAAGUGGAUGUGAACUUGCCCAAGGCUGACAUUGACAUCUCUGGACCCAAGGUUGAUAUUGAAGCCCCAGAUGUCAGCCUUGAGGGACCAGAAGGGAAGCUGAAGGGCCCCAAGUUUAAAAUGCCUGAGAUGCAUUUCAAGGCUCCCAAGAUCUCCAUGCCUGAUGUAGACUUACACUUGAAAGGUCCCAAAGUCAAAGGGGAUGUCGAUGUGUCUGUGCCAAAAUUGGAAGGAGAUUUGAAAGGCCCCAGCGUGAAUGUGGAAGUGCCUGAUGUUGAUCUCGAAUGUCCUGAUGCAAAGUUGAAAGGCCCCAAGUUUAAGAUGCCUGAGAUGCACUUCAAGACCCCGAAGAUCUCCAUGCCUGAUGUGGACUUAAACUUGAAAGGACCCAAAGUCAAAGGGGAUGUUGAUGUGUCUUUGCCCAAGAUUGAAGGUGAAAUGAAAGUGCCAGAUGUGGACAUCAAAGGACCCAAUGUGGACAUUAAUGUUCCAGAUGUGGAUGUUCAUGGCCCAGACUGGCACUUGAAAAUGCCCAAGAUGAAAAUGCCGAAGUUCAGCAUGCCAGGCUUCAAAGGAGAGGGCCCAGAAGUGGAUGUGAACCUGCCCAAGGCUGACAUUGACAUCUCUGGACCCAAGGUUGACAUUGAAGCCCCAGAUGUGAGCCUUGAGGGUCCAGAAGGAAAACUGAAAGGCCCUAAGUUCAAGAUGCCUGAAAUGCACUUUCAUGCACCCAAAAUCUCCAUGCCUGAUGUUGACUUCAACUUAAAGGGGCCUAAAGUGAAAGGAGACUUUGAUGUUUCUGCCCCAAAGUUGGAAGGAGAGUUAAAGGGUCCAGAAUUGGAUGUUGACGUGCCACACGUAGCUGUGGAAGGCCCAGAUGCCAAAUGGAAAAGUCCUAAAUUCAAGAUGCCAGACAUGCAUUUUAAAGCUCCCAAAAUCUCCAUGCCAGACAUUAAUCUACACUUAAAAAGCCCCAAGAUCAAGGGAGAGGUGGAUGUAGAUGUUCCCAAAUUGGAAGGUGACCUUAAAGCUGACAUAAGUGGGCCAGAUAUCAACAUUGAAGGACCAGAGGGCAAAUUGAAAGGCCCCAAGUUCAAGAUGCCUGACAUGCAUUUCAAAGCCCCAAAUAUUUCUAUGCCUGAUGUGGACCUAAAUCUGAAAGGACCGAAAAUCAAAGGGGAUGUUGAUGUGCCUGUGCCUGAGGUAGAAGGUAAAGUUAAAGUACCAGAUGUGAACAUCAAAGGCCCCAAAGUAGACAUAAGUGCUCCUGAAGUUCAUGGCCCAGACUGGCACCUGAAGAUGCCCAAGAUGAAAAUGCCCAAGUUCAGCAUGCCAGGCUUCAAAGGAGAGGGCCCAGAAGUGGAUGUGAACCUGCCCAAAACUGACAUCGAUGUCUCAGGACCCAAAAUUGACGUUGAAGCCCCAGAUGUGAACAUUGAGGGUCCAGAGGGAAAAAUCAAGGGGCCUAAAUUUAAGAUGCCAGAGAUGAACAUCAAAGCCCCAAAGAUUUCCAUGCCAGAUGUAGAUUUACAUUUGAAAGGUCCUAAGGUCAAAGGAGAUGUAGACAUUUCCCUGCCUAAGGUGGAAGGUGACCUAAAGGGUCCCAAAGUGGACAUUGAUGCCCCAGAUGUGGAUGUGCAAGGCCCAGACUGGCACCUGAAGAUGCCCAAGAUGAAAAUGCCCAAGUUCAGCAUGCCUGGCUUCAAAGCAGAGGGCCCAGAAGUGGAUGUGAACUUGCCCAAGGCUGAUAUUGACAUCUCUGGACCCAAGGUUGACAUUGAAGCCCCAGAUGUGAACAUUGAGGGUCCAGAAGGAAAACUGAAAGGCCCUAAGUUCAAGAUGCCUGAAAUGCACUUUCAUGCCCCUAAGAUCUCCAUGCCUGACUUUGAUUUGCAUCUGAAAGGUCCCAAAGUAAAGGGUGAUGUGGACCUUUCUCUGCCUAAAGUUGAAGGCCCUGAAGUGGACAUCAAGGGCCCCAAGGUGGACAUUGAUGCACCAGAUGUGGAUGUUCAAGGCCCAGAUUGGCAUCUGAAGAUGCCUAAGAUAAAAAUGCCCAAGAUCAGCAUGCCAGGCUUCAAAGGAGAAGGCCCAGAAGUGGAUGUGAACCUGCCCAAAGCUGACAUCGAUGUCUCAGGACCCAAAGUGGACCUUGAAUGUCCUGAUGUGAAUAUUGAAGGACCUGAAGGCAAGUGGAAAAGUCCAAAGUUUAAGAUGCCUGAAAUGCAUUUUAAGACACCAAAGAUAUCCAUGCCAGAUAUUGAUCUUAAUCUAACAGGACCAAAAAUAAAAGGAGAUAUGGAUGUCACAGGUCCCAAGGUAGAGGGAGAUCUGAAAGGUCCUGAAGUUGACCUCAAAGGCCCAAAAGUGGACAUUGAUGUUCCAGAUGUAGACGUUCAUGGCCCAGACUGGCACUUGAAGAUGCCUAAGAUGAAAAUGCCCAAGUUCAGCAUGCCUGGCUUCAAAGCAGAGGGCCCAGAAGUGGAUGUGAACCUCCCCAAGGCAGACAUUGAUGUUUCUGGACCCAAGCUAGACAUUGAGGGCCCUGAUGUUAAUAUUGAAGGACCAGAAGGAAAAUUGAAAGGUGCUAAGUUUAAGAUGCCGGAGAUGAACAUCAAAGCCCCCAAAGUCUCCAUGCCUGACUUUGACUUGCAUCUGAAAGGUCCCAAAGUAAAGGGUGAUGUUGAUGUUUCUCUGCCUAAAGUUGAAGGCCCUGAAGUUGACAUCAAGGGCCCCAAAGUGGACAUUGAUGUCCCAGAUGUGGAUGUUCAUGGCCCAGACUGGCAUCUGAAGAUGCCCAAAGUGAAAAUGCCCAAAUUUAGCAUGCCAGGCUUCAAAGGAGAGGGCCCAGAAGUGGAUGUGAACCUGCCUAAGGCUGACAUCAAUGUCUCAGGGCCCAAAGUGGACAUUGAAGGCCCUGAUGUUAGCAUUGAAGGACCUGAGGGAAAGUUGAAAGGUCCUAAGUUUAAGAUGCCAGAGAUGAACAUCAAAGCCCCCAAGAUCUCCAUGCCUGACAUUGAUCUUAACCUGAAAGGCCCCAAAGUGAAGGGUGAUGUGGAUGUGUCUUUACCGAAAGUGGAAGGUGAGAUUAAAGUUCCUGAAGUGGACAUUAAAGGCCCCAAAGUGGACAUUGAUGUCCCAGAUGUGGACGUUCAUGGUCCAGAUUGGCACCUUAAGAUGCCCAAGGUGAAAAUGCCCAAGUUUGGCAUGCCAGGCUUCAAAGGAGAGGGCCCUGAAGUGGAUGUGAACCUGCCCAAAGCUGAUUUUGAUGUCUCAGGACCCAAGGUGGACAUUGAUGUUCCAGAUGUGAAUAUUGAAGGCCCAGAUGCAAAACUGAAGGGCCCCAAGUUCAAGAUGCCAGAGAUGCACAUCAAAGCUCCUAAGAUAUCAAUGCCAGAUUUAGACCUUAAUCUUAAAGGCCCUAAAAUGAAAGGAGAGGUGGAUGUUUCACUUCCAAAUGUAGAAGGUGAUUUGAAAGGACCUACUCUUGACAUCAAGGGCCCGAAGAUAGAUUUGGAUGCUCCAGAUGUUGACAUUCAUGGUCCAGAAGGCAAAUUAAAAGGUCCCAAACUGAAGAUGCCUGACAUGCAUGUAAACAUGCCCAAGAUCUCUAUGCCAGAAAUUGACCUGAAUUUGAAAGGCUCAAAGCUUAAGGGAGAUGUUGAUGUUUCUGGGCCCAAAUUGGAAGGUGACCUUAAAACUCCAAAGUUGGAUGUAAAGGGCCCAGAAGUGGACAUUUCCGGUCCUAAGCUCAAUAUUGAAGGCAAGUCAAAGAAAUCUCGUUUUAAGCUUCCCAAAUUUAAUUUUUCGGGCUCCAAAGUUCAGACACCUGAGGUGGAUGUCAAAGUUAAAAAGCCAGAUAUUGAUGUAACAGGACCAAAAGUUGAUAUCAGCGCUCCUGAUGUUGAAGUCCAAGGAAAAGGAAAAGGAUCCAAAUUCAAGAUGCCUUUCCUGAAUAUUUCAUCUCCGAAAGUUUCUAUGCCUGAUGUUGAGUUAAAUCUGAAAGGUCCUAAAGUCAAAGGAGACUUAAAUGUUGCAGGUCCUAAUUUAGAAGGUGACUUUAAAGGACCUCAAGUGGAUAUUAAGGCACCAGAAGUCCAUCUUGAUGCACCUGAUGUGGAUGUUCAAGGUCCGGACUGGAAUUUGAAAAUGCCCAAGAUGAAAAUGCCCAAGUUUGGUGUGUCUGGCUUAAAAGCAGAAGGGCCAGAUAUAUCUGUGGAUCUGCCAAAAGGAGACAUCAACAUAGAGGCUCCCAAAAUAGAUAUCGAGGGCCCAGAAAUCAAUGUGGAAGGUCUAGAAGGAGGCUUAAAAGGUCCCAAACUCAAGAUGCCUGACAUGAAUAUUAAAGCUCCCAAGAUCUCCAUGCCUGACAUUGAUUUAAACCUGAAGGGCCCCAAGGUAAAAGGUGAUGUGGAUGUUUCUCUACCCAAAAUGGAAGGAGAUCUGAAAGGUCCAGGGAUUGAUAUCAAAGGGCCCAAAGUGGACAUUGAUGCCCCAGAUGUGGAUGUUCAUGGCCCAGACUGGCACCUGAAGAUGCCCAAGGUGAAAAUGCCCAAAUUCAGCAUGCCUGGCUUCAAAGGAGAGGGACCAGAAGUGGAUGUAAACCUGCCCAAGGCCGACAUUGAUGUUCCAGAUGUGAGUAUCGAAGGCCCAGAUGCGAAACUGAAGGGCCCCAAAUUCAAGAUGCCUGAGAUGAACAUCAAAGCUCCCAAAAUCUCCAUGCCUGACAUUGAUCUGAACCUGAAGGGUCCCAAAAUGAAGGGUGAUGUGGAUGUGUCUUUGCCAAAAGUGGAAGGUGACCUAAAGGGCCCUGAAGUGGAUAUCAAGGGCCCCAAAGUGGACAUUGACACUCCUGAUAUUAACAUUGAAGGCCCAGAGGGGAAAUUGAAGGGGCCCAAAUUCAAGAUGCCAGAGAUGCACCUAAAGGCUCCCAAGAUCUCCAUGCCUGACAUUGAUUUAAACUUGAAAGGGCCCAAGGUGAAGGGUGAUAUGGACGUUUCUCUUCCCAAGAUUGAAGGGGACCUGAAAGGCCCUGAGAUUGAUAUCAAAGGUCCAAAAGUGGACAUUAAUGCCCCUGAUGUGGAUGUCCAUGGCCCAGACUGGCACCUGAAGAUGCCCAAGGUGAAAAUGCCAAAAUUCAGCAUGCCUGGUUUCAAAGGAGAGGGCCCAGAAGUGGAUGUGAACCUGCCCAAGGCUGACAUUGAUGUCUCAACACCCAAAGUGGACAUUGAAGGCCCUGAUAUUAAUAUCGAAGGACCUGAGGGGAAGUUGAAAGGUCCUAAGUUCAAAAUGCCAGAGAUGAACAUCAAAGCCCCCAAGAUCUCCAUGCCUGACUUUGAUUUGCAUCUGAAAGGUCCUAAGGUCAAAGGAGAUGUGGAUGUUUCCCUGCCUAAGGUGGAAGGUGACCUGAAAUGCCCUGAAGUUGACAUAAAGGGCCCCAAAGUGGACAUUAAUGCACCAGAUGUGGAUGUUCAAGGCCCAGACUGGCAUCUGAAGAUGCCCAAGGUGAAAAUGCCCAAGUUCAGCAUGCCAGGCUUCAAAGGAGAGGGCCCAGAAGUUGAUGUGAACCUGCCCAAGGCUGACAUUGAUGUCUCAGCACCCAAAGUAGAUGUUGACAUUCCAGAUGUCAAUAUUGAAGGUCCGGAUGCAAAACUGAAGGGCCCCAAGUUCAAGAUGCCCGAGAUGAACAUCAAAGCCCCCAAGAUCUCCAUGCCUGACUUUGAUUUGCACCUGAAAAGUCCUAAGGUGAAAGGUGAUGUGGAUGUUUCUCUGCCUACGGUGGAAGGUGACUUAAAGGCCCCUGAAGUUGACAUCAAAGGCCCCAAAGUGGAUAUCGAUGUCCCAGAUGUGGAUGUUCAUGGCCCAGACUGGCACCUGAAGAUGCCCAAAGUGAAAAUGCCCAAGUUCAGCAUGCCUGGCUUCAAAGGAGAGGGCCCAGAAGUAGAUGUGCACCUGCCCAAGGCUGACAUCGAUGUCUCAGGACCCAAGGUGGACAUAGACACUCCUGACAUUGACAUUCAUGGCCCAGAAGGAAAACUGAAGGGCCCCAAGUUCAAAAUGCCUGACCUGCACCUCAAAGCACCCAAGAUCUCCAUGCCUGAAGUCGACCUGAAUCUGAAGGGUCCUAAAGUAAAGGGCGAUGUGGACAUUUCUCUGCCCAAAGUGGAAGGUGACCUCAAGGGCCCUGAAGUUGACAUCAAAGGCCCUAAAGUAGACAUUGAUGUCCCAGAUGUGGAUGUUCAUGGCCCAGACUGGCACCUGAAGAUGCCCAAAGUGAAAAUGCCCAAGUUCAGCAUGCCUGGCUUCAAAGGAGAGGGCCCAGAAGUAGAUGUGCACCUGCCCAAGGCUGACAUCGAUGUCUCAGGACCCAAGGUGGACAUAGACACUCCUGACAUUGACAUUCAUGGCCCAGAAGGAAAACUGAAGGGCCCCAAGUUCAAAAUGCCUGACCUGCACCUCAAAGCACCCAAGAUCUCCAUGCCUGAAGUCGACCUGAAUCUGAAGGGUCCUAAAGUAAAGGGCGAUGUGGACAUUUCUCUGCCCAAAGUGGAAGGUGACCUCAAGGGCCCUGAAGUUGACAUCAAAGGCCCUAAAGUGGACAUUGACGUCCCAGAUGUGGAUGUUCAUGGCCCAGACUGGCACCUGAAGAUGCCCAAGGUGAAAAUGCCUAAGUUCAGCAUGCCUGGCUUCAAAGGAGAGGGCCCUGAAGUGGAUGUGAACCUGCCCAAGGCUGACAUUGAUGUUCCAGAUGUGAGUAUCGAGGGCCCAGAUGCGAAACUGAAGGGCCCCAAAUUCAAGAUGCCUGAGAUGAACAUCAAAGCUCCUAAGAUCUCCAUGCCUGACAUUGACUUAAACCUGAAAGGUCCCAAAAUGAAGGGUGAUGUGGAUGUUUCCCUGCCUAAGGUGGAAGGUGACCUCAAGGGCCCUGAAGUUGACAUCAAAGGCCCUAAAGUAGACAUUGAUGUCCCAGAUGUGGAUGUUCAUGGCCCAGACUGGCACCUGAAGAUGCCCAAGGUGAAAAUGCCUAAGUUCAGCAUGCCUGGCUUCAAAGGAGAGGGCCCAGAAGUGGAUGUGAACCUGCCCAAGGCUGACUUUGAUGUCUCAGGACCUAAGGUGGACAUUGAUGUUCCAGAUGUGAAUAUCGAAGGCCCAGAUGCAAAACUGAAGGGCCCCAAGUUCAAGAUGCCCGAGAUGAACAUCAAAGCUCCCAAGAUUUCCAUGCCUGAUCUUGACCUGAACCUGAAGGGCCCCAAAGUGAAGGGUGACGUGGAUGUUUCCCUGCCUAAGGUGGAAGGUGACCUCAAAGGCCCCGGAAUUGAUAUCAAAGGGCCUAAAGUGGACAUUGAUGCCCCUGAUGUGGAUGUUCAUGGCCCAGACUGGCACCUGAAGAUGCCCAAGGUGAAAAUGCCCAAGUUCAGCAUGCCUGGCUUCAAAGGAGAGGGCCCAGAUGUAGAUGUGAACUUGCCCAAGGUUGACUUUGAUGUCUCAGGACCUAAGGUGGACAUUGAUGUUCCAGAUGUGAAUAUUGAAGGUCCAGAUGCAAAACUGAAAGGUCCCAAGUUCAAGAUGCCUGAGAUAAAUAUCAAAGCUCCCAAAAUCUCCAUGCCUGAUGUUGACCUAGAUUUGAAAGGACCCAAAGUCAAAGGAGAUUUUGAUGUGUCUGUCCCUAAGAUUGAAGGCACUUUCAAAGGCCCAGAAGUUGAUUUUAAAGGUCCAGGUCUGGAUUUUGAAGGCCCUGAUGCCAAACUCAGUGGCCCAAAUUUGAAGAUGCCAUCACUGGACAUAUCUGCCCCUAAAGUAACUGUUCCUGAUGUCGAUUUGCAUCUCAAGGCACCCAAAGUCGGAAUUUCUGGUCCCAAAUUAGAAGGCGGUGAACUGGACCUUAAGGGGCCUAAAGUUGAUUUAGAAAUUCCAAACUUAGAUGUACAUAUGGAGAGCCCAGAUGUUAACAUUGAGGGGCCAGAUGUUAAAAUUCCAAAAUUUAAGAAACCCAAGUUUGGAUUUGGGGCAAAAAGCCCCAAAGCUGACUUCAAGUCACCUUCGGUUGAUGUGACUGUUCCUGAGGCAGAGCUGAACAUUGAGACUCCCGAAAUUAGUGUUGGUGGCAAGGGCAAGAAAAGUAAGUUUAAAAUGCCUAAAAUUCACAUGAGUGGUCCUAAAAUUAAAACCAAAAAACAAGGAUUCGAUUUGAAUGUUCCUGGGGGCGAAAUUGAUGCCAGUCUCAAGACUCCUGAUGUAGAUGUCAACGUUGUGGGGCCAGAUGCCACACUUAAAGUCGAUGUGAAAUCUCCUAAAACCAAGAAACCUAUGUUUGGAAAAAUGUACUUCCCUGAUGUUGAAUUUGACAUUAAAUCACCUAAAUUUAAAGCUGAGGCCUCCCUCCCUACCCCCAAAAUGGAGGGCGAAAUCCAGGCCUGUGAACUGGAUAUUUCUUCACCAGGGAUUAAUGUGGAAGGUCCUGACAUCAAGUUGAAGGCUCCCACAUUCAAGGUGCCAGGUGUGGAUGUCUCGGGGCCCAAAAUAGAGGGGGACUUGAAAGGCCCCAGAGUGCAGGCAAACUUGGAUGCACCUGACAUCAACAUUGAAGGCCCAGAUGCUAAAGUCAAAGCACCAUCCUUCGGCAUUUCUGCUCCUCAGGUCUCCAUCCCUGAUGUGAACGUUAGCUUGAAAGGACCGAAGAUAAAGGGCGAUGUCCCCAGUGUGGGACUGGAAGGACCAGACAUAGAUCUGCAAGGUCCAGAAGCAAAAAUUAAGUUCCCCAAGUUUUCGAUGCCCAAAAUCGGCGUCCCUGGGGUAAAAAUGGAGGGUGGGGGAGCUGAGGUCCAUGCCUCGCUGCCCUCACUUGAAGGAAGCUUGAGUGCACCGAAUGUUAAGCUUGAAGGGCCUGAUGUGUCUUUGAAGGGGCCAAAAGUAGACUUGCCUUCAGUGAACCUCUCUAUGCCAAAAGUCUCUGGACCUGACUUCGACCUGAACGUGAAAGGACCAAGUAUGAAGGGAGACCUGGCUGUCUCUGGUGACAUCAAGUGCCCUAAGGUAUUAGGUGCUCCUGAUCUAAGCUUGGAGGCACCUGAAGGUGGCAUUAAACUUCCCCAAAUGAAGCUGCCCCACUUUGGCAUCUCCACACCAGGGUCCGACUUGGACAUUAACGUCAAGGGGCCACAGGUUACCGGAGAACUAAAGGGGCCAGGCAUGGAUGUGAAUCUUGGAGGCCUCAACUUGAAAGGACCUCAGAUCUCAGCACCGAAUGUGGACUUGAACUUGGAAGGACCAAAAGUAAAAGGGAGCCUCGGGGGCAUUGGUGAGAUGAAAGGUCCCUCUGGUGGGGUAGGUCUUCCAGGCAUCCAUGUUCAAGGCCUAGAAGGGAACCUCCAAAUGCCUGGAAUUAAGGCCUCUGGAUAUGACAUGGAGCUGCAGGGUGGGAAUGUGAAACUCCCCACUGGGCACAUUUCUGGCCCUGAAAUCAAAGGCAACCUGAAAGGCUCAGGAAUAGGUGUCCAUGGGGCUGCUCCCGACAUUAACGUGAAAGGACCUUCAUUUAACAUGGCAUCUCCUGAGUCCGAUUUUGGUGUCAGCUUGAAGGGUCCGAAAAUCAAAGGAGGUGUGGAUGUUUCGGGGGGUGUCGGUGCCCCAGAUAUCAGCCUGAGUGAAGGGCAUAUGAGUGUCAAAGGUUCUGGGGUUGAGUGGAAAGGACCCCAGGUCUCCUCUGCUCUCAACUUGGAUGCACCUAGGUUUGCUGGUGGACUUCAUUUCUCAGGACCAAAGGCUGAAGGAGGUGUGCAAGGAGGCCAGAUUGGACUCCAGGGUCCUGGGCUGAGUGUGUCUGGGCCUCAAGGUCACUUGGAAAGCAGAUCUGGAAAAGUAACAUUCCCUAAGAUGAAGAUCCCCAAAUUCACCUCUGGCCGUGAGCUGGCUGCCAGAGAAGUGGGAGUGGAUAUUAACUUCCCGAAAGCAGAGGCCAGCGUCCAAGCUGGUGCCGGAGAGGGCGAGUGGGAGGAGUCCGACAUCAAACUUAAAAAGUCCAAAAUCAAAAUGCCCAAGUUCAAUUUUUCCAAACCUAAAGGGAAAAGUGGUGUCACCGGCUCACCAGAAGCAUCCAUUUCGGGGUCCAAAGGUGACCUGAAGAGCUCGAAGGCCAGCCUGGGCUCUUUGGAAGGAGAGGCAGAGGCCGAAGCAUCUUCACCCAAAGCCAAGUUCUCCUUAUUUAAAAGUAAGAAGCCGCGGCACCGCUCCAAUUCCUUCAGCGACGAGAGGGAGCUCUCCGCACCUUGUACCCCGACCGGGACUUUGGAGUUUGAAGGUGGGGAAGUGUCGCUAGAAGGUGGAAAAGUCAAAGGGAAGCACGGGAAGAUGAAGUUUGGUACCUUUGGUGGAUUAGGGUCAAAGAGCAAAGGUCAUUAUGAGGUGACUGGAAGUGAUGAUGAAGGAGGCAAGUUACAGGGGAGUGGAGUGUCCUUGGCCUCUAAGAAGUCCCGACUGUCCUCUUCUUCAAGCAACGACAGUGGGACUAAGAUCGGCAUCCAGCUGCCCGAGGUGGAGCUGGCCGUUUCCACAAAGAAAGAGUAGCAGCUUUUGUGUACAUAUAUGUAUAAAAAUCCAUCGGCCUUGGGUGGGUUUGUACAUAACCCCCAAAGAGCAGCGCCCCGACAGCCUCAGCGGCAGUGCAGGGACCCGGCCUCUCCGGCGGUGCUCCGGCCGCCCUGGCCGGGGACUGACACAUCGGGAGCGUCCCGGCUCCGGCUUCGGCCUCGGCCGGCCCACGUGCAGAGUCAGCAGUAUUUGCCUUAAGAUUUCUUUUUUAUUUUGCAUUGAAUGCUGAGAGCUCCUGUUUACUAUGCAAGCUUUUGUGUUUAUUAUCAUUUUUACUGAACAUUGUUAGUGUUGGGGUAAUUGGAAACCCACUUUUUCAUCGUAACGACUUUGGGGGCUUUUGUUAGUAAGGGUGGGGUGGGGUAGAAGGCAGUAGAGGGAACUAGGCCUCCGUUUCUCCUAAGGCUGGAUCUACGCAAACAGCAGACC